AUGUCUUCUGCGGCGGCAGCAGCUAUGUCGGGAUCCCUCUCUUCCCAGGCGCUCAUCCCCCGCGAGUUCGCAGGUCGGUGUUAUGCUGUUCUUCCUUCGAUUUUGCUUUUUAUGUUUUUUGUUCUUUUUCCUAUUGUAUUGGUGGUUUUGUUGCGGUUCUAGAUCGGUGUUUCAAUUUGUGCCAGCAGGAGGGUUGCAGAUCGGCUCCAUAAGGCCGAGGGAGCUUCUGAGCCGCGCGUCGGUCGCGAGGAGGACGCCACUGCGGCCUCUGUGCGUGUUUGAUCCGGCGAGGAAGAGCCAUUCGUCGCCGGUGCCUCCGGUUGCCGUCUCGGCGGCCUCUUCCGAAGCCGCAUCUCUCGUCUCGGUCGUGGAAACGAGCGUCGUGGAGGAGGUGGAUUUUGAGAAGCUGGCGGGCGAACUGGAAGGCGCAUCGCCGCUGGAGAUUAUGGACAAGGCUUUGGAGAUCUUCGGCAACGACAUCGCCAUUGCCUUCAGGUGAGCAAAUCGGAAAUCUCGUUCGCUCGUUCAGUUCAGUUAAAUCAGCUGAUCCUCUUAUCCUUAUAUUCCAAUCAUCGAUCUUAUACGGUCGUGCGCCAUGAGAAUUUGAGAGUCGAUAAUCUUGGCGGUUGCGUCGAUUUUUUUAAUUAAUUAGCUUUUCGCUAUCCAGCGGUUUUCUCCUCAUUUUUACAUACUGCUGUUGUGACGACCGCUUGUCCGCUCAUUCAAGAGAUAAUAAUUAGGUAUUUCUCCUCUGCAGCGGUGCAGAGGAUGUGGCCCUAAUCGAGUACGCGCGGCUGACCGGACGCCCAUUCAGGGUCUUCAGUCUCGACACCGGAAGGCUCAACCCGGAGACUUACCGAUUCUUCGAUGAGGUGGAGAAGCGUUACAAUAUCCGCAUAGAGUACAUGUUCCCCGACGCGGUGGAGGUUCAAGCUCUUGUGAGAAGCAAGGGCUUGUUCUCCUUCUACGAGGACGGGCACCAAGAGUGCUGCAGGGUGAGGAAAGUGAGGCCCCUGAGGAGGGCUCUCAGAGGUCUCAGGGCCUGGAUCACUGGCCAGCGCAAGGAUCAGUCGCCUGGCACCCGAGCCAGCGUUCCCGUGGUUCAGGUAUGCAUGUCUUCCCAGGAGCUUAUCCCACCUGUGACCUGAAAGUUAGCAGCUGAUAUAAUGGGACUAACCUCUUUGGACUCGUAGGUGGAUCCAUCAUUCGAGGGGAUGGAAGGCGGCGCCGGCAGCUUGGUCAAGUGGAACCCUGUGGCGAAUGUCGAUGGCCGAGACAUCUGGAAUUUCCUUCGGACCAUGGCCGUCCCAGUGAACUCCCUCCAUUCUCAAGUAAUCCUCAUUUCACCUACACCAACUCUAUACUGCGCCUGUGAUCGCCCUACUUGCUGGUACUCAUCGCCGCUGCUCUUCCGCUUCAGGGAUACGUUUCCAUUGGCUGCGAGCCCUGCACCCGGCCAGUCUUGCCGGGGCAGCACGAGAGGGAGGGCAGGUGGUGGUGGGAGGACGCCAAGGCGAAGGAGUGCGGCCUCCACAAGGGGAACAUCAAGCAAGACGAGGCGCUCCAAUCCAGCAAUGGCAAUGGAACUGCCGCCGCGCCGGCGGAUGCCCCAGUGGACAUCUUCAAUACACAGGCUGUCGUCCCUCUGAGCAGGCCCGGGAUCGAGAACUUGGUCCGGCUAGAGAACAGGAAGGAACCGUGGCUGGUCGUGCUCUACGCUCCCUGGUGCCGUUUCUGCCAGGUGAAGAUCUGGACCUGUUUCAGCAGCUUGUGCUCCCAUUGUUUGUUUGUUGUCUUCCUUCCUGAACCAGUAUCAUCACUGUCCGCGUGCAGGGGAUGGAGGAGUCCUUCACGGAGUUAGCCGAGAAGCUUCAGGGUUCUGGAAUUAAGGUCGCCAAGUUCCGAGCAGACGGCGACGAGAGGCCCUUCGCAGAGGAGCUCGGCCUAGUUAGCUUCCCCACGAUCCUCUUCUUCCCCAAGCACACGUCCAAGCCCAUCAAGUACCCAUCGGAGCAGAGAGACGUGGACUCGCUUCUUGCCUUCGUCAACGCCCUUCGCUAA